AGCCGAUUAAGUUAGAAGACUGAGGUUAGGUUUCUCCGCGAUUCAAGGACGUUACGGUAAUCGACGGUGCUCGGCAAUGGCUAAUAAACAGUACGGCCUGAUCUUGCCGAAGAAGCAACAGCAGAGCACGGCGCCGAAGCUCGGCAACAUUUUCGGGGACGACAAUGCCUCCGACGAGGACGACGGCCCCGACUGGGUCAGGAAGACCCUCAAGGCGGAGAGCGAGAAGAACAGGAUGAAGAAGCAGACGAAGCUGGACAUACAGAAGGCCCUGAAGGAGGAUCCGACCAUCUAUCAGUACGACGAGGUGUACGACGACCUGGAACGCGGCAAGGGCCAGCCGGAUAGCGCGAGCAGGCAGAAGGAGCAGAAGUCUAAGUACAUACAGAAGCUCCUGAAAACAGCCGAGCGAAGGAAGAAGGAGCAGGAGCACAGGAUAGAAAGAAUGGUGCAGAAGGAACGCGAGGCCGAGGGCGAGAUGUUCGCGGACAAGGAGAGUUUCGUCACGUCGGCGUACAGGGCGAAACUGGAGGAAUUUAAGAAGAUGGACGAAGAGGAGGCGAAGAUGAAUAGAUUGGAAGCUAUCGGCGAUGUGACGAAGCAGCGAGAUAUGUCAGGGUUUUACCGUCACUUAUAUCAACAGACCGUUGAGUACAAGGGUGAGACUAAUGAAGAUGGAGAUGAUAAAGCGAAGGAGGAGAGUACCGAGCGGAGGGAAAGGAAAACUUCGACGAGCAGCGCAAAUGAAGAAAGUGUAACGGCAGAUAAGAGGACAAACGAAACGGAGGAGAGCCAGAGAAUAGUUACAAAAUCUAAAAAAUUGAGGCAAUACAGGCAAAGAGUCGUAGAAACGUACGAAUCUGAUUCUGAAACGGAGACGAGUAAGGAGGAGUUGAAGAAAGAUCAAACCGUCGUUUCGCUGGACAAGGAGGCUGAUAAAGCAGAGGAACAAGGGCCGGAGGAAAAGAAACAAAAAUUAGACAAAACCCAUGGGAAUACGAUCGAAAAUAUUGGAGACACCAAGGACAGAGACGCAAGUGUAAAAGACACUGAGACACCUCAAGACAAUGUUACUCCAGAAAAUGAAAAAGUUGAGAGUAAGGAAAAACCUGUUGAAAAGAAAGAUAGAUCUUCCAUUUGGGAAAAGAGAACGGUAGGACCAGUGUUCGAAGCGGCGUUACAAAGGUAUUAUGAAAGGAAGGCAAAAAGACUGGCUGCAGCAAAUUAGAUGCAAUUAAUUUAUAGUUAUGUUAAUUUUUAUAUAAUGUCAAUAUCGUACUGUCCAUUUCACUUUUAUAUCGAUCAAAUAACGGGAAUACUGAUCUUAUUCUAAAAUUGUACAAAAGUGGCAUGAUGUUCGACUGUAAAAAAAUGUGUAUAAUGAAAAUUAAGGACAAAUACUUAUUUUAUAACGUUAGAAAACUGCAAGUGUAUUUAAAAAUACGUACAAUCCAAAUGCUCAGACGACGAUUUUUAUAAUUUAUGUAGAUAUUACAGCUAAGAAGAAAAUAUAUACACUCAAAUGCACGAGUAUAAACACUU